AUGCUGUCCUUUACUAACCCAGCCAUCAUUCUCAGCACUUUAGCUGUGUUGCCAUUCUUCACCUCUGGCUCACCAACCAUCCCUGAUCUUCAAGCAAGAGUAGCAGCUGCCAAAAGCGGAAUUGCUUGCGACUCCAAGUACGAGGGCUAUGCCUUCGUCUACUUCAGCAACCACGAUGAGCAGAUAUAUAUGGCUGCUAGUAACGGAAACAAUGCCUUGUCCUUCACGGAACUCAACAAUGGUCAGCCCAUCUUGAGAUCCACCCAGGGCGACCGCGGGGUCCGUGACCCUUUUGUAAUGCGGUCACAUGAAGGUGACAAAUUCUACAUCCUUGCAACGGAUCUUUGCAUUGGUUGUGGCACCAGCUGGGGAGACGCUCAGCGCUUUGGUAGCCGAUAUUUGGAGAUAUGGGAAUCGACAGAUCUCGUGACGUUUAGUGCCCAGCGUCAUGUCCAGGUAUCACCAGACAACUUCGGCAACACCUGGGCUCCUGAAGCCUACUAUGAUGAGGAUCUGAGAACAUAUGUUGUUUACUGGGCCUCUGGCAUUUACGACAACAAAGAAAACCCGAACCAUGAUCCUAUCGAGUAUCAACGUAUGGUUUACGCUACUACCGACGAUUUCGUCACCUUCAGCGAGCCUAAAGUCUGGCAAGAUGAUCCACCCCACGGCCGGAUUGAUUCUACCGUAAUCAAGGAGAGUGGAGUCAAUUAUCGUUUCACAAAGGCCACUAUUGAUGGUUGUGCAGAUAUCGCCGAAGAAAGUAGUGCCUCGUUGACUGCGGAUUUGAAAGAUUGGAAGAGGAUCACUAGCUGUAUCGGCAAAAACGCUGGGACACAAGAGGUGGAGGGUCCUUCAAUCUUCAAGACCAACUGCCAGGACGUGAAUGGUCCGAGAUACAUUCUCUUGGCCGACGAAUUUGGGGGCGAUGGCUAUGUUCCGCUCGAGUCGAACGAUCUGACUAGUGGUAAAUGGACCCUUCGUAAGGAUUACAAGUACCCUGUGUCUCCUCGUCAUGGUACUAUCAUCCCUCUAACUUUUCAAGAGUUGGAGGGUAUCCAGAAGGCUUACGGCUCCACAACCUGA